AUGUUUGUUUUCUUUGCUUCUUCUCCUUAUCGUGUGUAUUAUGUUUGGAGUGUUUCAAGUUCCGUAUUGCCGUUGUCAUCUUCUCGGAUAUUUGCUGGCGUUUUAGAGCAAUGCAGACCGCUUCUUCAAGAAGCAGCGGUAUUGGAGUGCAUGGGCGUGGAACGAAGGAAGAAAAUAUGUUCCGAGCAACCUGAUAUUAUGUUGGGACCGCGAUAUGUGGUACGAAGGACUGAUUAUUCUUUCUCAUUGCGUGAAUCGUUCCCUUGUGCUCCAGUCGGCAUGAAUCUCAUGAGGGUACGUCAGCAUAUGACCCAGACCCAGAACCCUCACGCCGCGGGGAGCACAGGUCGAGGCAGCAUAAGACCUGGUUGCGCAAGUCUCAUGAUGAACAGACUCAGGACGAUUGACGACGCACGUUUUCUUGUGGAAGAGAUAAGAAAACUAAGAAUGAUGAGGGACAAAGCAUGGCAACUGAGAGGGGUUGGGCUUUAUCUAUUUGUGGGUGGCUCAGUCAUCAAGCAGCCAAUCAGGCUAGAGUUUUCUUGA